CAAAUGCAUCUCCCACAGAGAAUAAGACACUUGGGAAAAGCGGAGACAUGAGGGGACAAGCAUGAUAAGAAAUCAGCGAGUUAGUAGUUACGGCGUCAUGCAGAGUGACAGCUAGCAGAGCCAGCAGCAGGGGGCGCCAGGGAGACGGAAGAGCCCCGUGUUGGGGAAGGAGGAAGUGCAGCGGAGAAUAACAAGGAACAGGAAGGGGAGAGAGAGGGGCAGCAGCGGUGAACGCAAGAAUAUCCCCACAAAGUUACAGAGUAGCAGCCCAGAGUGCCCGGCAUGACACGCCACUGAUGUGACUCUCCCCGCAGCAGCAUGUCUCUCCGGCUCACACUCCUCCUGUUCGGACAUCUAGUAUUCAUAAAAGGAGAUUACGCAUUUGACUCCGCUCCCUGUCUUCCAGGUUUCUUUCAGUGCAACUCUGGCUGCAUUCCCCUCUUCUCACUCUGUGAUGGUUCCUCGGACUGUGCAGAUCAAUCUGAUGAACUGGCAUGCCCGUCAGCCUGCAACUUCACACUCAAAGAUUUCUACGGUGUCUUUUCUCCUCCUGGAUUUCCAGGAGCUCUACCCUCCCCACUGCCGCCUUAUUGCCAAUGGCUAAUUGACUCUGAAGAUAGCCGAGGUCUUGUUCUGCAGUUUUCUACACUUCAGCUGUCUGCACUAGAUACGCUUGUAGUGUAUGAGCAUAGUAUUGGGGAUUUUCCACGUCUUCUCCGUGCCUUGGACCAACAGAGUAAUGGGAAAUCGGUCACUGUGGAGUCUGUUGGAGGAAGAGUCAUUGUUGUUUAUUACUACUACAAAAAUAUCCCACAUAGUCCUAAUAUUAAGUCCUCUGUAAACUAUGACUCAGACUUUAAUUCAAGGCCUCAAGAUCGUGACUCUGGCCCCCAUUUGUCUGAUCUACUAGGAUCACCACCUUCCCGUUCUCACCUUCCUUAUGCAUGGUUUCCAUCUUUUCGCCCCCGAGGGUUCAAUGCAACUUACCGUGUACGGGGCUAUUGUCUUCCCUGGGACCAACCUUGCGGUUCCAGUCCAGGUAUAUUAUGGGAUGAUGGAGUAGAGGUUGGUGGUGGCUGUUUCUCAGACUCACAGCGUUGUGAUGGAGUCUGGGAUUGUGCCAAUGGCAGAGAUGAAAUUAAUUGUACUGGCUGUGCCGAAGGUCAUUAUCCAUGUGCCAUGAGCCGUGCCUGUUACCCUAUUUCUGAAAGGUGUAAUUACCAAACUUCAUGCCAAGAUGAGACGGAUGAAAAAGGCUGCCGCGGGUGUCAACCUGGUGGCUUCCACUGUGACUUGGAGCGCUGUGUGUACGAAGCAUGGGUGUGUGAUGGCCAAGCUGACUGUCAGGAUGGCAGUGAUGAGAAGAACUGCGGGUACACCCUUCCACGUAAAGUGAUUGCGGCAGCUGUUAUUGGAAGCUUGAUCUGUGCCACAUUACUUGUGGUAGCAUUAGGCUGUACAUGCCGACUCUAUACUUCACGAGCACGAGAGUAUAGCAUUUUUGCCCCUCUGUCCAGAGUUGAUGCAGAGCUGAUUCAGCAGCAGGCCCCACCAUCUUAUGGGCAAUUGAUCGCUCAAGGAGCUAUACCAGCUGUGGAUGACUUCCCCACCGAAAGCCCCAAUGAUGGCUCAUUCAUGGGGAAUCUUCGUAGUCUACUGCAGUUCCUAAAUCAGGCACCACCCCUUCCUCCAGGAGGCCAAAAUGAGCUACCAAGACGACGCCCACCCCGUCCUGUUAGACGCCUUCUCCGCCGACUCCGAAGAUGGGGACUCCUUCCUCCUCGUACACAAGGGACACAAACUGAGCCACCUCAGGAUCAGAGACCCGGUUCUUCACCACUGGCAUCAGAAGGCAGUGACCCCUCCUCAGCUUCACUGUUACAAGUGAAGACUCCUUUAGUACCUCCUGAUUUUUCCGUUUCUCUGACUGAGCCUUCUGUUAAUCCUCAUUACAUCUUCCCAGCUGAGGAUAGGAGUGGACUGAUGAUGGGAAUGGUACAAGUCGUCAGGGAAAGGAUCUUUCAACCCCUGGGUGGAGAGGUUCUUUCAGAGGCAAGAAGAAGCGAGAGGUUUGGGGAGGGGGGUGAGGAACUAGAAAGGCCUGAAGAAGAGGAUGAAAUGUUGUUGUUGCCAUUGACUGAGAGUUUUGAUGGGGGAUCUGAAGAUGUGGGAUUAAUUGUAUGUUAGCACUGCUUGUGCUGUAUCCUCUUUACUUUUGCCUAAUUACACACUCCUAAUUUGCUAUGCUGACUGGAUAUUCACCCAAGCUUUUAAUUCCCCACCAAUCAGUGAGACUUAUUUUAUGAUUGCAACAAAUAGCUGGAGAGAAUAAUUCGUGCAGACAAUGGUGGCAAGGAAAUCAUGUGCCAAUGAGGGGAUUUGUUACAGAUAUGGAACCCAGUCUCAGGCAGUGGUAGAUGCACACCUGUACCAUGAAUUCGUCUUCAGCUGCUCAACAUACUUUAAGUCACAGUAAUAGAUACUGGAAAAUGAAGCUGUAGUACAUUUGUAAAGGGUUUGUAGAUAUUGUUGCAACCUUAGGGGACAAAAUAAAACCACUCUGCCAGUUAGAUUUAUAAUCCUUGGGAAAUUAUCCAUUAUGCUGAGAUUUUUAUAGUCGCUAUUCGCUUGGAAUUACCUUAUUCCAGCCUGUAUCAAAGAGAUUUGAUAGGUCAAAAACCAAAAAAUGUGGAGUAGAAUGACUUGCAUGCCGGUCUUCUGCAAAGUACUUUCUUAUGUGCUAGAGUUGAAGAAUCACUAUAGUGAGAGGUUGGAGACCUGAUUGAGGCCAUGACUCUACAACCUUCAAUUCCGUUACCUUGCAGGAUUGAAAUAAUGUUUUCCGAUGAAGUUAAUGAACCUCCAGUUAAUGUGUACAUGAAUUAUUUUAAUUAAAUUUGGAUAAUGAACCGUUUUAAGACGAUAUUUUAUUGCAAAGCUUUGCAAUAAGGUAUUUCUGUUUAUUUUGUUUCACUAGGAUGUAAUGUUAAUAUUGAUCAUGGUUCCACAGUGUACCCAUUUGCUGUCACUUUGACUUCAUUUCCAUCUCUUUAUGCUGUUCUGACAAUCGGUAGAGUGAAAUUCUUCACGUUAUACUCACUUCCGUCACUCUGAAGAUGAAUCACCCUUAGCAAGCCUCCCCAAGUUGUAUGUGUGGAAAUAAGAUUAAUGUUUUAUUUUUCUAUUAAAAAUAAAUUGCUGAGGUAUUCUGUUUUGUCAGUGCACCCAGUAUACAGUGGUCCAUGCCAGAUUUGUGCUCCAUUCUCCCUGCACAAGGUGUUCUAUGUGGUAAUUUAUACUUUUGCAGCUAUUCAGUUCUGCACUUCUUCACCUACAGACACUCGGAACCCCAUAGGUUGGAUGGAUUUUAUUUUGUUACAGAAUGGGUUAAUGACUGGUGUGAGUUUGUAAGCUGUGCUGACUAAAUUAUUUAUUUUCUGUGACUUUGUAAAAAUAAAUCUUUGUGCUGAAGCAUAUUGUCAAGUCA